UGGUGUUUCGCGAGUCGCGAAAAAACUUCGCGACAAUCAAAGAUAGGAGCUAGUCUCCCUGGAUAGGAGAAUGGCGCCGCACUUGGUAAUUGUAUGUGGCUGCAAAUAGGUUAUGGACACUUGUUUAGAAGUAUUCUCGCGGUAGGUAUUGAGAAGAGAGAGAGAAAGAGAGAAGCCGCAGCAGUCGAUCAGCAGCAGCUGCAGCCGCUCCCGUCUUUUCACGGCGCGCUUUAAUCCCCCGUGAUUAAGAAGCCGGCUCGCGCUCGCGCGGGGUCAUGGCGGUACACGAGGAUCUCGUCGCCGACGUUAAAAGCCUGCUCUGGGGCCCGACAGUCAAGGAGGACGUGUUCAAGCGAUGGGCUCAAGGAUUCUAUUUCAGUCCUCACGAGCAUACGGCUUUGAUCCAGGCAGAGGGUGGGCCAUGUGCAGUGAUAGCUCCGUUGCAGGCUUUCAUCCUGAAGCAACUGCUCGCCGAGAGCGACAUAUCUACCUGGCAUGAGAUCAAACCCGAAAAGUGUGACCAGCUUCUCGUCAAGGCUAUGGCCGAGACCCUUACUCAAGCGGCUGAGCCCACUAAUCUAAAGUACUCAGUUUUACUUAUGGAUAAGCCAAAUAACACAGUCAAUGGUGAAGUGCCUGUCGAGGAACAGAUGAAUGUCGAAGAGGAGCCAUGCACUGAGGAUUCGAGCGCUGCACCUGUUGAGCCAGUUAUAGAAUCUGACGUUUUUCAUUCAGGACUGAGGUUUUACUCGUUAGCUAGUGUCGAAGAAGUAGAACAAUUUUUUACCGAGAAUAUCAGUGUGUUUAAGGAGCAGUUUGGUGUACUGCUACUGUUGUACUCGGUCAUAUGUACAAAAGGAAUACCUCAGAUGCGAUUAGAAAUAUCAGACUUGACCGAUCCUCUAAUUCACUCUACCUUUGGAUAUGGAAGUCAGAGCUUAAUCAAUUUAAUGUUAAGUGGUAGAGCCGUGAGCAAUGUGUGGGAUCACGAUCAAGACGUCGGGGGACUUAAACUGAAAGGUAUCGAUAAGCAGAACGCCGUAGGAUUUUUAACGUUACUAGAAACAUUGAGAUACAUUGAAGUCGGUUCUUUUCUCAAGUCGCCAUCCAAUCCUGUGUGGGUUUUGGGCUCAGAAACGCAUUUGACAGUCUUGUUUUCAAACGAGAAGAGAUUAGUGAGCGCCGAAACACCGGCUGAACAGGCAAAACGCAUCUUCAGAAAGUAUGACAACGAUGGAAAUAAUUUCAUCCCAACGGAUUCUUUACAAAAUGUAUUAGCUGAACUUGGAUUAUUUUCCGAUUCUGAAUACGUUGAGAUUAUGAAGAAAAAGCUUGAUCGACACGGCGAUGGCAUAAUUUUACUUACCGUUUUUAUGUACGAGUUUUUCCCAGAAGAGCUCAGAACUUAUCCAGAUACGUUCGUUCUCUAUCAUUAUAAUGGUUUACCAAGAAGUAAUCCUGACAACCAAGUAAAGUAUCAUAGAGGUCAAGCGAUUUUAUUAGAAAGUACCGUAGAAUCUAUUUUAGAUAGCAAUCCUAUGCUGACAGUGCUACAGACAAAGUGGCCAAGUAUUGAAGUACAGUGGGACAUAAAUCAAAAUCCCAGUAUCAAUUAAAUAUUCGAAAGUGUACUAGUACAGUGCGGAUAGUAAACUGGUACGUUAAACGAUGUGGUCGAGCGCGAUACACGCUUGCGCUGGCUUGUUUUAUCAGAGACUGACGAAAAAUCGCAAGAAAAAUAACGAUGCAGACAUUAAUCCUCGCUGGCCUUACAAAAAUCUCAGAUUAUACUCCAAAGAUUUUAAUAAACUUUUUGAGGAUUGGAGAUUAUAGGAUUUAGACAUCUAAAGUUUCAUGCUGAAACUUAACAUACAAGUUCCACAAAUGCUUGCAUCUCGAUGAAUCUAUUUGCGUUUCUCUGGGCACGCGUGAAAAACGUUUUCUAAGAAGCAAAACUUAUAGAUAGUUUGCUGCUUUAUUAAAAUAAAAGUACUCUUUUUUGCGCAAAGUAUCAUAUUAAAGAUCUACUAUGUAAUUACUUAUUCCAAAAUAAUGUUAAAAGUGUACAAAACAUUGUGAAUAAUAGAUAAAGUCAAGGAUAGUUUCUAUUAUAAGUUUGCAUGAUUUCAGAAUUGAUCUUUUUUACGUUUUAAUUAAAUAACUCAUUUUUGUGUAGUUAACUUAUACAUUAAAAAAUUAUUACACAAUAAGUCAUUGACUAUUUCUUAAAUGAUCCAUUUGAAAUCUUGCAUAAAAUAUCCUGCAGGGACUAUAAGCAAGUAUGUAAUAGUAAAAUAAACUAUCAGUUACCUAAAUAUUA